CUUUGGCUUGGCACAAGUCAGGUGCUUUGGCGUCAAAGACUUACCAGGUUCUAAAGUGAAUUUGCCCCUCCUCGCGUUUAUCAACCGUGUCUAGUUCGCAACACCUCAACUUUCAUAAUUUCUCACUCUGUCGUUAAGCUUGAUUGCUGUUCCCUCAAACCAAGCAUUCGAGUGUCUGUACGACUUGUGUUUCCUUAAACGCAGCCAAGAUGUCUCGACGGCCUAAUCGUCGCAUUAUGGGGCCGCAAUCAGCCCUUACAGAUUUCCUGGCUACGCACCAUAUAUCCGCCGCCCAGAUACGUGCAGAUGCUGAUGCACGGCGAAGAGCGGCGCAAAGAAACCAGGAUGAACCCGGUGAAGAGCAGAGCGACCAGGUUUCGGCGCCCCCACUGGCCCCGGAAGUUACUGUUGCCCCAAGCCCGGCACUCCCGACUAGGACUAGGGGACGGGCGGCGACCGAAGUGACGUCCCGGGAGGAGAAGCGCAAGAAGGAACAGAAGGUCAUUGAAAAGAUCAAGGCCAGCAAAAAGUUCCAGAAGCGGAAGCGUGAUCUUGACGACUCGGACGAUGAAGACGAUCUCGCCCUGGCUAUCUUCCAGGAACGGUCGGCUCCUCUCCCCGGUCAGAUGGAGAACUGUGCCGUCUGUGGGAAGCGGUUCACCAUUACCCCUUAUUCCCGUGGUGCACCUGACGGUGGGUUGCUUUGCACCCCUUGUGGCAAAGAACUCGACCAGAAGGGCGGCGCUCCAAAAAAGAAAGCCAAGCGUGCGAGCGGUGGUCCAGUGGGCAAGCGCCGGCAGAUGCAGAGCACCAUCUUGGACGGCACCUAUCGGCCGGGUGCGAAAAGCCUGAUGACCCUGUGCAUCGAGACUCUGGCCAAAAAUAUUGAUCUCGCCGAAGACUUGGGAGACUUGCCGCCCUUGGUAAUCGACAAGAUUGCUCGCAAACUCUCCAAGCACCGCCUCCUCAAUCCUACAACCCUUCAUCUGUUUCUACAGCCAUCGGCCGAGGAGGUGUACAUCUAUGACGGGGCGAAGCUCGGUGCCACGGAUUAUAUCAAAAUCUUCCAAACGGUACCGUCGCUGAAAAGACUCAAAAUUCGGAACGGCAUUCACUUCAAGGAUGAGGUCAUGGAGUAUCUCGCCUCCCGCAAUAUUGACCUCGAGCAGCUCUAUCUGCACGGAUCGAAUCUCUUGUCACAGGACAGGUGGAAGCUGUACCUAGAAGAGAAGGGCAAAUCCCUCUACUCUCUUCGGGUUUAUUGGACGGACAAGCACUUUGGUGACGAAGUCCUGUCAGUGCUCGAGGCAUCUUGCCCCUCUCUGGAGAGGCUCAAGGUAUCGCACAAUCAGCAAGUUACUGGCAAUGGCAUCAAGGAAAUCGCCAAGUUGAAAUCUCUUCGACAUCUAAGCCUCGACCUGCGCAAUCAGGUCCGUUCGGACGUCUAUGUCAGUCUUUUGAGCGAGAUUGGAGCCGGACUCGAGACAUUCUCGCUGUCCCGAGUGCUAGAUGCCGACAACACCGUUCUUGACGCUAUCCACAACAACUGCCGGUCUCUCCGGAAGCUCCGCAUCACCGAAAGCGAUGUUAUGACCGACGAGGGAUUUGUGCGGCUCUUCAAAAACUGGGCCAACAGGAGCCUGCUAUUCGUGGACCUGGAAAAGUGCCGCCAGCUCGAAGCCUCGCACCCACGCGAAAACCCAGACAAUGUCGGCUUUUGCUCCAACGCGUUCCGCGCUUUGAUGGCACACUCGGGUAGGGCCAUCCGGCACCUCAACGUGCACGGCUGCCGCCAUAUUUCGGAGUCGGCCUUCGAGGACGUUUUCGCCCCCGGCAAGACCUACCCGGAGCUCUUCAAGCUGGAGAUCAGCUUCUGCGAGGAAGUCACCGACUUUAUUGUCGGCAGCAUCUUCCGCAGCUGCCCUAACCUGCGCGAGCUGAAUGUGUUUGGCUGCAUGAAAGUCAGGGACGUGCGAGUGCCGAGGGGCAAGAUUCUUGUCGGCGUGCCCACUGCGGUUGGCAUGGUGAUUGAGGGUGACGACGAUUAAUUGAGGUUGACUGUGGGCUUUUUCUUGCUGUGGUUCUAUUUUGCGGUUAUCGAUUUAUGAUCAAGCACCUGGUGGCUUAAUUUUUUUUUUCUUUUUUCUUUUCUCUCAUUUUCUAUUAGUAUGCACAUUUGCAUUCUGGCUGGCUGGCUUCCGAAUGUUCAGCUCUACCUCAUUUCAUCAUGAUGGCAUGUCUGAUGUUAGGAAAGAUUGGGGCGGGUUAUGGCUUUCGUUCCCCAUUGUAUGGCUGGUGUAUAGUCAUCAUGUACGGAGUAUUCUAUGUCUUUGACAGAGACAGUCUUGGUAUUUU